GCGGUGCCGGGCCGCUGAUGAUGUAGUGUCAAAUUACGAUUCAGUUCAUGUUGUACAAAUUCAAUGAUUUGCAAGUGGUUUAAGAACCAGUUGCAAACCUCACCUCACUCGACUCCACACCCCCACUCCCUCUGUUCUCGCUUUUUUGGGGAAAAUUCACAUGAAUAAAGUUGUUCCAUAACUUCCCAAUCAAUCAAGAACAACAGUAACAAAACAUUCAUUCCCGCUUCACACACACUUCCCUUUUUAAGUUAUCCCUCUGCUUCUGCAACCAAUCUCUUCUAGUUUUCUACUUACAAGACUACUCAUAAUCCGACACUGAUUUGGUUUAUGGGUUGCUGUCCAAAGAUUCCUGGAUUUGAACCCUAGUAGUGUUCUUGAUUUUGCUUUCUAAAAGAUUCUUCCUUUAAGCAUUUUUCUUCCAAGUUUGAUUGAUUCCUCUAUCUUUAUUCCCUAAUGAUUCUCAUGGGUAUUUCUGUAAAUUCAUGGAGGCUCCGACGGUGAGGACUUCUUAGUGUUGCAGAGAAAUAAGAUAGACAAUUUGCAGCGAAUAUGAAGCAAUUGAUUUCAUUUCAACUCUUCUGUCUUACUUUAGGGUUCUUGCUACCCGUUUAUGAGGCUGUUCAGCCAGUUGAAGUUCUUGCUUUAAAUUCGUUCAAGGAAGCUGUUUUUGAGGACCCUUUUUUGGUUUUAUCAAACUGGAAUAGUCUUGAUUCAGAUCCUUGUAAUUGGUUUGGUGUCAGCUGUUCUGGAAGUCAAGUUACAAAACUUAACAUUUCUGGUUAUUCCAUAAAGGGAUUCAUUGCUGAAGAACUGUUUCAGCUUUCUUCUUUACAAGAACUGAUUUUACAUGGAAACAAUCUCAUUGGUUCGAUACCGAUGGCAAUUGGAUCAUUGAAAUACCUCAAGGUCUUGGAUUUGGGGAAGAACAAGCUUUCUGGGCCAAUUCCUCCUGAAAUUGGGAACUUGGAUAACAUACUUAAAAUAAACCUACAAUCGAAUGGACUGACCGGGAAAUUGCCUUUGGAGUUUGGCAAUCUUGAAUACCUUCAAGAGCUUCGGUUGGACAGAAAUAAACUGCAUGGAACUGUUCCAGGUUCUAAUGCUUCCGGUGUCUCUUCUGGCUCGCGAGGCAUGGAUAAGCAAGGUUUUUGUCGUUCAUCAUCCUUAAAAGUUGCGGAUUUCUCCUAUAAUUUCCUGGUUGGGAGCAUACCUAAGUGCUUGGACUAUCUUCCCGGGACUAGCUUUCGCGGAAACUGCCUACACUUUAAAGAUGCUAAGCAACGUACUCCUGAAAAAUGCGGCAUUGCUCCACCAGCAAAGACCCAUACAGCCGGAGAAACACGUCUCCGUCCUGCUGAAGAUCACGACAAGUCCCUUACUCAUGAUUCAAAACACGUGUGGAUUUUAGUUAUAGAGGUUGUGAUCGGAGUGAUGGUCGGGUCUCUCUUUCUGAUCGCCCUUCUGGCAGUCAUUCUGAGAUGCAAAAGCAAACCGUCUGCUAUGAAUCUAUGGAAGAAAUCAACAAAUGAGAAAGACCGUACGUCGAUCUAUCUUGAUUCUAACAUGUUGAAGGGGGUCGCGAGAUAUAAUCGACAAGAACUUGAGGUUGCCUGUGAGGAUUUUAGCAACAUUAUCGGGUCCUCAUCUGACAGUCUAGUUUACAAAGGAACCAUGAAAGGCGGGCCGGAAAUCGCCGUUAUAUCGCUUUGCAUCAAAGAAGAGCAUUGGACCGGCUAUCUUGAGCUCUAUUACCAGAAAGAGGUUGCAGAUUUGGCGAGGCUGAAUCAUGAAAACACAGGGAAAUUGCUUGGAUAUUGUAUCGAUAGCGUUCCGUUUACGAGAAUGCUCGUUUUCGAAUAUGCAUCAAACGGAACAUUGUAUGAGCAUCUCCAUUACGAAGAUGGGUGCAACCUAAGUUGGUCACGGAGAAUGAAGAUUGUGAUUGGCAUUGCGAAAGGUCUCAAGUAUCUUCACACAGAGAUCGAGCCACCGUUUACUAUAUCCGAGUUGAACUCUAGUGCCGUAUAUCUUACCGAAGAUUUUUCACCAAAGCUCGUUGAUUUCGAAAGCUGGAAAACAAUUUUGGCGAGAUCCGAAAACAACUCUCGCUCAAUUAGCAAUGAAGGUGAUAUAUGUGUUCUCCCGAGCUCGUUUGAAGAACGGCAUUUGGAUAUACAGGGUAACAUUUACGCGUUUGGGGUUCUUCUUUUGGAAAUCGUCAGUGGACGGCCUUCGUUCUGCAAGGACAAAGGUUGCCUGGUGGAUUGGGCAAAAGAUUAUCUUGAAAAGCAAGAGGAGAUGGGUUCAGUUGUAGAUCCUGCACUGAAGUAUUUCAGGGAUGAAGAUCUGAAAGUGAUAUGUGAAGUGGUUUCGUUAUGCCUUCAUUUAAGGCCGAGAGAUCAGAUAUCGAUGAAAGACGUUUGUGGGAUGUUGGAAAGAACGAUCGACACGUCGAUUUCAUCGGAGGCCAAGGCAUCUUCGUUAGCAUGGGCGGAGCUCAUGCUUUCUCCUUGACCCGACCCGUAGAAACUAGCUACAAAUAGCAAUAGCAAUAGCAAUAGCAAUAGCAAAUACUGUAAAUUCUUCACACAUUCUCUCAUAUACAUCUAGGAUUCUUGUGUUGGUGAUUAUCGUUUGAUGA